GUUUACGCACAAACUGAACGCAUAUGUCUUGUGAGCAACUUUUGUGCCUCACUUUUCUUGGGAGACUACGCGCCCAUCGAUCUGAGCGACGGCUCGGGUAUGAACUUAUUGGACAUCACAUCACAUAAAUGGUCGCAACAAUGUCUGGACUAUUGUGCGCCCGAACUGAGCGCCAAAUUAGGCGAAACGCUUGUGCCGAGCGCUACGGCGUUGGGACCCAUCUCUCAGUAUUUCGUGGAUCGGUAUGGUUUCAGUGCCGACUGUCGUGUGGUGUCCUUCACGGGCGACAAUCCCGCGUCUCUAAUAGGCAUGGGUUUGCGUCCGGACGACAUCGCUGUCAGUCUGGGCACCAGUGAUACCGUAUUCUUACGCCUCUAUCAUCCGAAACCAUCGCUCGACGGACACAUACUAUGCAAUCCGUUGGACGAGAAGUCAUACAUGGCUUUGAUUUGCUUCAAGAAUGGGUCGCGAACUCGAGAACGCAUGAGAGACGAGUGCGCGGAAGGCGAUUGGCAGCUCUUCAAUGAGUUGCUUGAGUCCACUCCGAGAGGCAAUUUCGGAAACAUUGGCUUUUAUUUCGAUUUCAAAGAAAUCUAUCCUUUAAUUGCCGGAGAUUUUCGAUAUAAUAAAUUCGACGCCGAAGUCCAGCGAUUCUCGAAAGAAGUGGAGGUCAGGGCCUGUAUUGAGGGUCAGUUCCUUCGACUCCGAGUACACGCCGAAAAUCUGGGCUAUAAUAUCGGACCCAACACUAGAGUGUUGGCAACGGGUGGCGCC